GUGGAUAAUCCGGGGGCCAGUUAAAUAACAACAAACCAGGGUCGCCAAUGAGAACAGGCAGAAAAGCGGAUUUAUCACGUGACACGCUUAGUACAGGUGGCUGAGGCGCACUUCCUCAAUUUGCCGAGCCUGAUUUGCUGCCCUUCAGCCUCGUUUAAGUCGGCGAUCCAGCGGAUCAACUCGAGGCUCUGUAGCCUUCCCAUUCAACAACUCUCAUCGGCGCCUUGUCACCAUCAGAUUUAUACUUGAGACUGUUCCCUUAUUAUUGCGUUUCAUCGAGUGUUUUCGACUAUCCUCGUCGAUUCUACAAUUGACACGAUCCAAACUGCAACUCCUGUUCGAUGGAGCCAUUCACGAAGAAGCGGCGCCUUGCGCCGAAAGUGACUGAAAAUCCAAUCCAGGACCAGGCACAGAAUGAGCAGCUUUUUGAGUACCAGGCGUCGUCGUCGCUCCCAGACGCGCCUCAGCCUCCCCCUCAGCCUUCACCCGACCAGGCGGACCUCGAACGAUUCGCGCGACAACUUCAAGGUGCUGCAUCCGUCAUAGAGACCCAAAACAACAGACUUCCAUAUAGUAGUGCAUCGGUGUUGUUGUUACGUUGGGAAGAUGACUUGAGUGUCGCCGACGACCUCUUGGCCCUCCAGAAGUUGUUUCGUGAGCGAUACAAUUAUAGAACAGAGGCGUGGAGCAUCCCCACUUGCCCCAACCCAACCUCUAAGCUAUCGAUUCAACUCGCACAGCAUGUUGAAUACGCUCGUCCCGGACACCUCCUGAUCAUCUACUAUGUUGGCUACAGCUACGUAGGAACAGAUAAUCAGUUGUAUUGGGCAUGCAAUCCGAGAGAAGAUUCCUCUAAGGUGAAGUGGGAUAACAUUAAAAGCCCCUUGGAAGAUGCACCUUCCGAUAUUCUGCUCCUGCUCGAUUGCUGUGCUGUCGUGGAGGCACCAGACAGUGGGAGCAACGGAUUGAAGCAAGUAAUUGCUGCAUUUGCACCAGAUACUGCAGAGCAAGACCCGGGACCACACUCGUUUACCUAUCAUCUUAUCGACGCUCUUCAUAAACUAAGCUCCGAGCCGCCAUUUACGGCCCAGCAGCUUCAUGACGAGCUAAUUGUGUCAUUGCGCCAUUACAGAUCGUUGGAUCAUAAUGGCCUUACCAAUGGCUCUGGAAAGGCAAAUAGCACGUCCGAAAGGACUCCGAUAUUCUUCACGCUGACUCCAAACUCAUCUCGGGCAAUACUAUUGACGCCGGUUCCCCCUACUGCCAUGGGGGCGCCACAUAUCGCGUCGCCUUCCGGCGCAGCUGAUGGAGAUGUUCACCAAGCGCUCACCCACGGAGAGCAGGCCUUACAGGAUGCAUCAAGGCCAGGAAUGGUAUUUGAAGAGCAGAGAGCCCUUGUCAGCAUCUUAUUCCAUGGCGAGCCUGAUCAUGAGAUGGCAUCUUUCAAGCACUGGUUAAACAGCACGCCUGCAACUGCGGCCAAAGUUACAGUUGAAGGAAGAUUCCAAGGACCACCGACUGUUAUACUCAUUUCGAUGCCCCUUGAUGUCUACAAUGCCAUUGCGCAAGACAAGCAGUGCAUUUUGUUGGGAUACAUCAAAUCUCAUAACUUGUUGAGAGAGCAUCAGAGCCUUGUUGACCUUACCGCCAUCGCCAAUCAUGCAUCUUCCAAGCAUUUGGAGGAUGGCAAGAUUCUUCUCGAGGCAGCGGAUGCACUUGCGGCGGCAUCGAGCCCUGGCGUACCAAGGAACGACUCGCUGGCCGGAUCGUCGUCCAACAUCACCUACCAGCACGGACAUCAGUCCCCCCAUAGCCUGCCUCCGCCGCCUCCAUUAAGCAUGUCGGCACCGCCCGAACCAGGCCUUAUACCUGAACACAAAGAUCAUGUUGAGGAUUCAGAUGAGAUGCACGAGGCUGCCAUACAACUCAAGGCGCUUAGCCACGUUCGGCCAGUCAGCCACGACAGCAAACGCCAGGACAGAGGCGCGUCAAAUAUCCCAGCCGGCGAGUCUCCCAGUUUCCAAAGCCCGAGACAACAUUCCAUCUCUUCCCACGACGGUGGUGAGUCCGGCAUGGAAGACAACAUCUACUCAUCUGAGUACAACUCUCCCGCCUCCCGCCCCAAGGCCCGCCGCUCAAGCCAAAAGGCCGGCCCAAAACAAGAUACCCGCUGUAACAUGUGCAGCCACGCGCCAUUCAAAGACUCUUCUUCCUUACGGAAGCACAUCGCCGCCGCCCACACGCGCCCUUUCCCCUGCGCCUUCUCCUUCGCAGGCUGCACGAGCACUUUCGGCUCCAAGAACGAAUGGAAGCGCCACAUCGCCUCGCAACAUCUGUGUCUGACCUUCUACCGCUGCUCUAGCUGCCCCCAAAGCACCGUCGAGGGCAAAGGAAACGAGUUCAACCGCAAGGAUCUCUUCACCCAGCACUUGCGGCGCAUGCAUGCCCCGUUCGCGAUCAAGAAGGCCCUGGCCAAGGGCGAUAGCAAGCUCCAGGUCGAGUGGGAGACGCACGUCAAAGACAUGCAGGCAUCGUGCCUGGUGAUCCGCCGCUCGCCGCCACAGCGGAGCGCGUGCCCCAAGGCUGACUGCAGUAAUGUGUUUGAGGGUACUGGCAGCUGGGAUGACUGGACGGAGCACGUUGGAAGGCAUAUGGAGAAGGGCGAGGCGGGGCGGUUGGGAGUUGAUAAGUUGUUGGCGAGGUGGGCGCUUGAUGAGGGUAUUAUUGAGAGGAGAGAGGAUGGGGAGUAUAGGCUUUGUGGGGCCGAAAGGGAAGGUGGUAAUGGAGGGGGGUAUUACUCUGAUUCUGCGGCUGCAAAGAGGGACGAGGGCGAUAAAAUGGAGGAGGCUAUCAUGAUGGCCGAUGAGGCGCUGAGGUGAUUCACGUCACGGAGGAUGGGUUUCAUAUGUUGAGUACGCAUGUCUUUCGAGCCGUUCUAUUUCCUAGAUCCGCACCGUCUGCCGUUCUGAGCAACGUGAAGGAGUUGGGGAGUCGAUUUUGCCAUAUAUCUUUUAUCUCAUGGGCCUUACCGCUUGGUGGAGCCUUCAGGACUGGGUAAUUUUGUUGUGUGUCCGAUUCUUGUUUAUGCUUAGGAUACUCUAGUUUUCGUGUACUUUACAAAUCUCUCUUUGCGCGAGCUAGCUGUAGUGCAUUUAGUACGUUUCUAUGG